GGGUGGCAUUCGGUGGAGGGGGAAAAAGCAAGGCCGAAAAAAAGUUGAUUGUGGCUGUCAAAGCAAAACAAAAAGUGCUGAAGAAAUUCUGUGAAAUUUGCUCUGUAAUCUCUCAAGUGCCGUUUUAUCGCUCAAUUAGUUGAAUCAUCCCUGGAACAGUGCACAUGCGACAGAUAUCACAGAAUGUUUAACAGCGAGAAGAAGGACAUGAAGGACUUUGCUGGUCCGGGUGGUUUUGCUCCAGCUCCAAAUGGGCCACCCCCGACAGCUCCGCACUAUCAACAGUGGCCACAGGUGCCGGCGGACUUCUACCACCCGCGUCCGGAGGGUGCCCCAAUGUGGGGCCCUCCACCAAGCUAUGAUCAUGUGAUGCAGCAGAACAUGCCCCCCGUCUAUCCUGCGCACUCUGGCGCCUUUGCUGGGGUUCCGCCCGGUAUGGCGGCCCCUUCCUAUGCGCCCCAUCAGGUGCCCGGUGCCAUCUAUCCGCCCCCCUUUGCCGCCCCACCCACAUUCCAGGUCCAGCCCGUUCCCGCGGGCCCGCCGCCCGCUUUUGCACAGCAGACCGUGCCCCAGGUGGCGCUCUUUGAUCCAGGAGCUAGAUUCAGUGCCGGCGGCUCGUUCUCCGUGCCACCCCCGCCCCCAGGCUACGGACCCACAGCCGCCCAAUUGGCGGCCAUGCAGGGCCAGCCUGUGCAAGUGCAGAAGCCAAAGAACAACUUCUUCACCGGCGGCAAAGGCGCUGGCUUCACCUUCUGGUGAUUCCGGGGGGCCAGCAGCAGCAGGAAGCACACGCCCUCUUCUCCCAGAGAAGACUCUCCACGUGUUUUCCAAUCUCUGUUUUUUAUUUUAUACAUUACAGACAAUUAUUUUUGCGCUCUUUUUUUCUCGCGAACUCUGAAAUAUUGAAAUAAAAUUUAUUGAAAUUUGCGCCUUCAA